AUGUCCGCCGACCUGUACGGGUUCCUCUCCUCGUCGCGCACCGACAGUAUUCUGGCAACCCAUCCGAACAGAUUAUUUUCUACGCUUGACGUUCCAUCUGAAUGGGAUCCUUGGUGGGCUUGGGCAGGCGAGGCGCCGCCAGACAAUUCAUCUGAGCCCAAAUGGCUCCUUCUUUUGCGAUACUAUGCACGAACUCAGAACGAGCAGGGAGAUGAGGCGCGCUACUCGAUCCCCAAAGAGGUGGAAUUGUUCAUCGAUAUGGCACGGCGGUUGCAAGUCUCUCGUGAAAUGGGCGGGCAGGCACUGUCGGUUUUAUGCUAUGCCAGAUACUCUGAUGCAGCUGUCAAACCCUCAAAUCAUGACGAGUCACAAGCCCCCACAUCCUCGCAGGAUCGAAUGUUCGGCAUGUCCCCCAAGAAAGCACAUGAAAUCACCCGCAUGUCAGGAUUCGUCGCCCAGUUUCUUUUAUCAUCGCCAGAGCUAGCCAGUCUGAGGCAUGCAGUCGACGUUGGAGCGGGACAGGCAUAUCUCUCGCGCGCGAUGAGGGACGAACUGGGCCUCCAUGUCCUUGCCCUAGAUUGGAGUGACGUUCAAAGCAAAGGCGCGGCUCGUAGAGAAAACAUCGGGCCGAAGAAGAGAAAGAAGGCGCCUGGUCGACCAGCGGACGGUCCCAGCUCCGACGAAAAGAAGGCAGAUUCAUCAACAGGAGGAGGAGUAUUAGAUGAGCACGGGGCACCGAAAGGCUCUUUAACAUACAAGACACUCGAGAUACGGUCAGACUCCUUAUUGUCCGCCGUCGACGAAUGGGCCGAAGAGAUGCAGGGAACGCGCGAGGCAGAUGCCCCGCCCCUCCCAAUGCUUUUCGUCGCCUUACACGCAUGCGGCUCUCUGACGCCAAACGUCCUGCGUGCUCUCAUCUCCCGUCUGCAUUCGACCGAGCCGAGACGACUGUGGAUCCCGUGUGCAGCAGUCAUCGUUGGGUGCUGCUACAACCUGUUAGAGGCGGAUGACUUCCCGUUAUCUGGGCGUCUUGUUGCACUGUCCAAGGAACUACCUUUAAUCUUCACGCCGAACCAUCUGCACCUCGCCGCACAGACUCCAGGGCAAUGGCUCCGCACGACAGAGACCCUCGACGCUGCCAAGCUCGCCGUCCGCAAGGUUGUCUGGCGUGCCCUUCUCCAAGGCAUCCUCGAGAAGCACGACGCGUCGUCUACACCUUCCGACAGCCACACUGACCUAGACGAAACCGCCGUCAUCAACGGCGAGACGCCCGCCCUGAGGCGUCUGGGGAGGCUCAACGACUCGGCGUACGUGGACUGGGAGACGUUCGUGGAGCGCGCGCAGGAUCGCCUUGGUGUGAGGCUGGAUCCGGCUUCGUGCACGAAGGACGCUACUAUGGAGAGCCGGCUGGAGGUGUUCCAGGUCUUGCGGUGUAUAUUGGGGCCUGUGACUGAGAGCCUUAUACUGCUUGAUAGAGAGGAAUGGUUGCGGGAUCAGUUGGAGGGUACGGGCAUGGACGUGCGUUUGGUGAAUCUGUUCGAUCAAGCCUCCGGAAGCGCACGGAAUGUGGCAGCAGUCAUCUCUCCCGAAAGGACAAACGUAAUUGAGGUGCGUCUUGUGACGAUUGUGUAUGCAACCCGUCAUCGCUCACGUGUUACCAGGAUCGUAGGAAAGCCCGCAAGCACAUUGUUGAGUAUUAGGCAGAGACAAGAUAUUAAAGCACUAGUUCGCUAA